CGGAAAAGUCAUCAUAUUUAAUAUUUGAUAUUAUUGAUAAACGAAGCGUUGUUAAGGACAUAUAAAAUCAUGAAGGACUUAUUAAUGCGUCAGGCUCUUCUUUGUGAUCCUUCACAAGUCCACAGACCCGAAGCAAUAUACGACGAAUAUAACGAAUUUCAUCAAUUGAAACCAGGCAAAUCUUUGGAAAAUGUCGGCAAAGACACAGAAGCGUUUCGAGAUUUCAACGUGGAUGAGAGCAUGGCGCAUGUUCGGGAGACAUACAGAAACAUGCAUACGAAGCAAACUGUUGCUUUAGGAAAGGAAAUGCGAGAAAAGUGGUUGUCAUUCGAUCAUGCUGAGUUGACUAUUAUGGAAGCUAUAACGCUAUUGGACAAUCUCGUUGAUGAAAGUGACCCCGAUGUGGAUGUUCCUAACUCUGUUCACCUUUUCCAAACAGCUGAGAGGAUACGAGAGGUUCAUCCAGACAAAGAUUGGUUUCAGCUGGUUGGAUUGAUUCAUGAUGUGGGGAAGAUAAUGGCAUUGUAUGGCGAGCCACAGUACUUUGUUGUGGGUGACACAUUUCCUCUUGGCUGCAAAUUCUCAGAUAAGAUUGUCUUCUCUGAACAAUUUGUUUACAACCCUGAUGCUAAAGUCCCUGAAUACAGUUCAAAGUAUGGCAUGUAUGAACCCAAUUGUGGUUUGAACAAUGUCCAAAUGUCCUGGGGUCAUGAUGAAUACAUGUAUCAAGUAUUGCUUGCCAAUAAAUGCAAGAUUCCUGAAGAAGGUCUAUACAUGAUACGGUUUCAUUCAUUUUAUCCGUGGCAUGGUUCUGGCGAUUAUGAUCAUCUUUGUAACACUGAAGAUCGCAAAAUGAUGUCGUGGAUUAAAGAGUUCAACCGAUUUGAUUUGUACUCAAAAGCAGACUCUUUACCAGAUGUUGAGAAGAUAAAACCCUACUAUCAAUCUCUGAUUGAUCAGUAUUGUCCAGGCAAGCUUAAGUGGUAAACCUAUUGCAUCCCUUUUUUUCUAACUCAAACAUACCGGUAUAACAAGUUCUCCUUGGUGAGAUUUAUUGAAGACAAAAUUUAAUAGCAUUUAUAAAUAAAAAAAUGUACAUAUAUUAUAAAAUUUUUCAGUCCAAGCUAGUCCUUGGGUUUAUUAGAGUUACAUAAGUCAUAUAGUCAUGCAUAUAUUUGUGUUCUAAAUAAUUGAGUUUUUUGAAAUCAAUUGUUUUUACAGCAACUCGACAGAUUUAUAUAAAACUACUUUUGUAUAGUGUGUAAAACUUAAUAAGAAUCCAGUGCAGGCGGGACUUGUGGAAUUAGAAUAAUGAAGGCAUUAGUAAUGAAAUCAAGAGAGUUUACAAUGUGACAAUUGUAAUAAUGGCAUUGCAUU